AUGUCUACCAGCAUAACUGAAGAUGUUUUAAAGCCUACCAUAGAGGAAAAUGAUUUAUUUUACAACUCUGAAAGUGAUUUCGCAAAAGUAGCUCACGAGUUAGCCGACAUGGAAGAUGAAUUAGACGGCCAGGACGAAGAGACCGCCGCUCUACAAGCUGCUCAAAUGGACGCAGAUGGAAUGCACCAUAAUUUCCCUCAAGCAGAACAUGCAUGUGCUUAUUGUGGUGUGGAUUCGCCAACGUGCGUUAUUAAGUGUAAUAGUUGCAAUAAAUGGUUUUGUAAUUCUAAGAAUGGGACCAAUAGUUCCCAUAUUGUCAAUCAUUUGGUUUUGUCCCAUCAUAAUGUGGUUUCGUUACAUCCAGACUCAGAUUUGGGGGAUACCAUUUUGGAAUGUUAUAAUUGUGGUUGUAAGAACGUAUUCUUAUUGGGAUUUGUCUCUGCUAAGAGUGAAGCAGUUGUCGUCUUACUUUGUAGAAUGCCAUGUGCUCAAACAAAGAACGUUAAUUGGGAUACUGAUCAAUGGCAACCUUUAAUUGAAGAUAGACAAUUUUUAUCAUGGGUCGCUGAAGAACCAAGUGAAGAGGAAAAAUUAAAGGCAAGACUAAUCACCCCAAGUCAAAUCUCCAAAUUGGAAGCCAAAUGGAGAUCUAAUAAAGAUGCAACAAUUAAUGACAUUGAUGCUCCAGAGGAACAGGAGGAACUUCCUCCUUUACUAUUAAGAUACCAAGAUGCGUAUGAAUAUCAAAGAUCAUAUGGUCCUUUAAUCAAAUUGGAAGCAGAUUAUGAUAAACAAUUAAAGGAAUCUCAAGCAUUGGAACAUAUCUCUGUAACAUGGUCUCUAGCAUUAAAUAAUAGACACCUUGCAUCGUUUGCACUAUCAACUUUUGAAUCUAACGAGUUGAAAGUGGCAGUUGGAGAUGAAAUGAUCUUAUGGUAUUCAGGAGUACAGCACCCAGAUUGGGAAGGUCGUGGUUAUAUUGUUCGUUUACCAAACAGUUUCCAAGAUACAUUUACAUUAGAAUUAAAACCUAGCAAAGUGCCACCACCAACUAACUUGACUACUGGAUUUACCGCUGAAUUUAUUUGGAAGGGUACCUCAUAUGAUAGAAUGCAAGAUAGUUUAAAAAAGUUUGCCAUUGAUAAAAAAUCUAUCUCAGGUUAUCUGUAUUAUAAAAUUUUAGGCCAUCAAGUUGUGGAUAUUACAUUCGAUGUUCCAAUGCCCAAACAAUUUUCAAUUCCACAUUUUACACAAUUGAAUGAUUCACAAUCAAAUGCUGUACAACAUGUUCUUCAAAGACCACUUUCUUUGAUUCAAGGGCCUCCAGGUACUGGUAAGACGGUAACAUCAGCAACUAUUGUUUAUCAUUUAUCAAAGAUUCAUAAGGAAAGAGUUCUAGUUUGUGCUCCAUCAAAUGUUGCAGUUGAUCACCUUGCAGCAAAGUUACGGGAUUUAGGGUUGAAGGUUGUUAGAUUAACCGCAAAGAGUCGUGAAGAUGUGGAAAGUUCUGUAUCGAACCUAGCUCUCCACAACCUAGUUGCUAGAAGCUCUAAAGGUGAGUUGAGAAAAUUACUCACCUUAAAGGAAGAAGUAGGUGAACUAUCUGCCAGUGAUACAAAAAAAUUUGUCAAAUUGGUUAGAAGGACAGAAGCUGAAAUUCUUGCUAAAGCAGAUGUUGUCUGUUGCACUUGUGUCGGUGCCGGUGACAAAAGGUUAGAUACCAAAUUUAGAACUGUUCUUAUUGAUGAAAGUACUCAAGCCACUGAACCAGAAUGUCUAAUUCCUAUCAUUAAGGGUGCUAAACAAGUUAUCUUAGUUGGUGAUCACCAACAAUUAGGUCCAGUUAUCUUGGAAAGAAAGGCAGGUGAUGCUGGGUUAAAGCAAUCAUUAUUUGAAAGAUUGAUCUCCUUGGGACAUAUCCCAAUUAGACUGGAAGUUCAAUACCGUAUGAAUCCGUAUUUAAGUGAGUUCCCAAGUAAUAUGUUUUAUGAGGGGUCGUUACAAAAUGGUGUAACCAUUGAACAAAGAACUGUUCCGAACAGUACUUUCCCAUGGCCAAUUCAUGAUGUUCCAAUGAUGUUUUGGGCAAAUUAUGGGAGGGAAGAACUAUCAUCUAAUGGUACAUCAUAUCUAAAUAGAAUUGAGGCCAUGAAUUGUGAGCGUAUCAUUACGAAACUUUUUAGAGACGGGGUUAAACCAGAACAAAUUGGUGUUAUUACCCCAUAUGAAGGUCAAAGAGCUUAUAUUCUUCAGUACAUGCAAAUGAACGGAUCUUUAGAUAAAGAAAUGUAUGUCAAAGUGGAAGUGGCAUCAGUUGAUGCGUUCCAAGGUCGUGAAAAAGAUUAUAUUAUUUUAUCAUGUGUUCGUGCCAAUGACCAACAGGCAAUUGGGUUCUUACGUGAUCCUCGUCGUUUGAAUGUUGGUUUAACUCGUGCAAAAUAUGGGUUAGUAAUUUUAGGUAAUCCAAGAUCAUUAUCCAAGAAUAUUUUGUGGAAUCAUUUAUUACUUCAUUUUAGAGAAAAGGGUUGUUUGGUAGAAGGUACAUUGGAUAAUCUUCAAUUGUGCACUGUUCAGUUGACAAGACCAAAACCAAAGAGGCAACAAAAUAUGAAUAGUCAGUUCCAAUUAAAUAUGAAUGCUGAAAUGAGUAAAUUUCCAAAUGUUCAAGAUUUUGAUACACAAAGUUUGAUGUCAUUUGGUGGACAAGCAGGUGGAUUUAACAGUGGGUUUGGAAAUAAUGAAGACUUCUCUUCCUACUUGAAUAAUGAUUAUUGGAAUUUUGAAAAUUUCCAAACUGUGCCACCUGGAGCGGCUCCUGAUUUCAAUAAUGGAGAUUCAAUGUCCACUAAUGUUUACUCCAAGAAUGGUCCUAUGUUAGACUCAAAUUAUGCAGCAGAAUUGGAAAGAAACGGUCCAACUGGCUCUAGAUAUGAUGCAAAUGAGGGCUUAAGCAAAGAUUUUAACUCUCUUAACAUUUAA